GAUGUAAAAACAUAUCACUGUAUACAUGUCAUUCCGAGCACUUGUGAAAGUACCGUGGUCGUGCUAACAAUGUUGACCAGUUGUCGUCGGCGCCCUCUGGAGGAAGACUCGGGUACUGUAGGUGUCCCCCGGGGCAGCUUUCUUUAGAGGCAACUAAUGCGUCCUUACUCCGUCGUUAACCUUCAGAGCAUGAAAGCGCUCACAUUUGGUCUAACUCUUGUUCGACACGGGGAAACGCAGUACAACAAAGAAGGCCUGCUGCAAGGCCAGGCUAUAGAUUUACCCUUGUCUGAGAUGGGGCUGCAGCAGGCUGAGGCUGCAGGCCGGUACCUGAAGGAUGUGAAGCUCAGCCAUGUCUUUGUCAGUGACAUGCUCCGGGCCCAGCAGACUGCUGAAACAAUAAUGAAACACAACAGCAGCUGUUCUGAUCUACAAAUGGCCUGUGACCCUUUACUGAAAGAGAUAAACUUUGGGAUAGCAGAGGGGGGACGACUGCAGGAUGUGAAAGAGAUGGCCAAGGCAGCUGGUCAGUCCUUUCCAGGCUUCACACCUCCAGGGGGGGAGACGCAGGAGCAGUUGCAGGUAAAGGAGCGAGUCAAAAGGUUUAUAGAGAAAAUGCUUCAGCAAAUUGGGGAUGAACACUGGCAUCACGCAGGGAAGGAUGAAAGCUCCUUAUCUUCUCCACCGGGAACAUCUCCUGUGGAGGGAAGGGCAAAUGACGGAGUUGAGGGUCUCCCGGUCCAUGCUUUGGUUGUCACCCACGGGGCCUACAUGUGUGUGGCUGUACGCUACUUUGUGGAGGAGUUGCAUUGUUCUCUGCCUCAAGGUUCUAACAAAGCACAUGUGUUUUCUUUAAGUCCUAACACAGGUCUGUGUCGGUUUUUACUAACCCUGAAAAAAGAGGAGGACUUGUUCAAAUUGUCAGUGGUCCGCUGUGUGUUUGUCCACAGGGCGGCUCAUAUUAGACAGUAGUAGCAGAGCGAGAGACAGAUGAAGGGGACAGAGGUUUUGAAGCCUGUGUAGAAGACAGUGAGACAGUGGGAAGUGCAACAAAAGAGAGCUCCAACACUCACCACUGAGCACCUUCAUUUAAUCUUAGAUGAUUUGUGUUGCAGGAUGAUGUUGUGGUCACUUUAUUACUGUCUGGUUGUUCAUUGUCAUAAAUGUGGGCAACUCUGGUGAGUCUGAUUUUCCGUAUUUAUGCUUCAGGAGUUCAUAAAUUUUCAUAUGAACACAGCAGACUUGCAAUUGUGAAUUAACACUGGAUCACAAGGACAAAUGCAUGCAAAGAUCUUGUGUGUUGUAUUGUACACUGUGUUUAGAUAAGCAUUGUUUCCUCAGGCCCAUAGGUAAGAGAAUGUACAGUAGGGGACUACAUUAUAUGGAAAUCAUUUUACAUUUUCUAAGUGGAUGUUGUCACAUUUUGUAACUUUAUAAUAUAAAAAUACUGUCAGACUUCAGCAAUGAGAGAUGUCUUCUAAUAAAACUCCUUAUUCUGUCUCAUUU